AUGUUCAAACUUGCAAAGUCAUUGUUCCGCCGGCAACCUUGGCCUCAGCUCCGAUUUCCCUCCGCCGGUUUCGACAUCGUUGGUGAUGGCAAAUUACUCGAAGAAGAGCAGCUUGAUGAGUUCAGAAAAGGCGUCUACUAUCCCGUUAAUAUCGGGGACGUGUUCGCAUCCAAAUAUCAAGUUGUAGGCAAAUUAGGCUUUGGAGUUUCCUCCACAGUUUGUCGUCAUGCCUAUGCUACUCUGAAAGUCUUCACUAGAGAAAAAGGCAUGCAUGAGGAGGAAUACAACAUAUACCAGAUACUCGGCAAGGGCAAUGCUUCCCACCCAGGUUACGGCCAUGUCAGAACAGCUCUGGACAUCUUCACCAUCCCGCGUCAAGGAGGUGACCAUCGAUGUUUGGUACAAAAACCAAUGUGGGAUUCAUUCAGAGAUCUGUUGAACCGCAAUCCCACCCAUCGAUUUACGGACGAACUGCUCAGAGCAACUCUCCCACAGGUACUACUGGCGCUCGAUUAUCUCCACUCGGAAUGCAACAUAGUGCAUACAGACAUCAAGGCGGACAACAUCAUGAUAGAAAUCGAAGAUCAAAGCAUCCUAGAUGCCUUUGUCGAUGCCGAGCUAGCCCACCCAUCGCCCCGAAAGAUUGUCGAUGGUAAGACUAUCUAUGCAUCCCGUGGAUUUAGUCUACCCAAGGAGUAUGGAAAAGUGGUACUGAGCGACUUUGGUUCCGCCGUUCGUGGGGAUCAGCGACAAGUGCAUGACGCACAGCCCAACGUUUAUCGUUGUCCAGAAGUUAUGCUGCAGACGGAAUGGAGCUAUCCUGCUGACGUGUGGAAUGUUGGAGCCAUGAUCUGGGACUUGUAUGAGGACAAGCAUCUUUUCCACGGCAAUCAUCCAGAAGACGGCCGGUAUAUGACAAAAUGUCACUUGGCCGAGGUGGUGGCGAUGUUAGGGCCCCCUCCUGGAGACUUGUUAGAGCGAGGAUCACGAAGCAAGGAGUUCUUCGACAAAGAAGGCACGUUAUUAAACGCCCAAACUCGAGGAAAUUGGAUCGCUGAUGUUCCGAUACCCGAGUUGACCCUGGAGAGCUUGGAGGAAAAUCUCGAGCAAGAAGCAAAAAGAGAAUUUCUGGAGUUUGUGAGAUGUAUGCUACAAUGGAGUCCCGAAGACCGGAAGACCGCAAAGCAGCUGCUCGAGCACCCGUGGCUGAAGAAUUUCUGUUGA